AUGGUGAUUGUGAAAGGAAAAUAUCUGUGCAUCGUGUCGCUGGUGAUCUUCUCGAUCAGUGGGAGCGCGUACACGACGCAACGCACGAAUGCUGCGGCAAGCGACGAAGGUAGCCCGUUCUUGGAUAUGGCGUCCGAGUUUCUGUCCUCGUUGGGCAAUCAGCAGGGAGCGGGAGGUGGUGGUGGUGGUGGUGGCGGGCUCGGAGGUGCCGCAGGACUCUCCGGAAUCGCAUCCAUGCUGCUGCCCCUGAUGGCGAACGCCAACGGUGGUGGUGGAGGUGGAAAGGCCAACGGAAACGAUGGCAUGGGAGCGAUCCUCUCGGGUAUUGGAAGCAUGCUGGCCGCGAACGGUGGAGGUGGUGGUGGUGGAGGUGGUGCUGGGUUCGAUCCGGCACUGAUCGGAAACGUCAUCCAAAUGUUUGCCGGAGCGGCCAGUUCCGCCGGUGGAGGCGACGAGGCGGCCGAUGAACCAGUCCGUCGCCAGGGCGCGGGUGGAAAGCGCCAGAAACGGCGGGCUUCGGCGGAGCAAGCGGGAUCGAACCCGCUGGUGGACACGAUGCUGUCGAUGGCCUCGAGCUGGCUGGCGAACUACAACAGUGCCGAGCAUGAUCAGGACCAGCCGGCCGCGGGUGGCGGUGCGGACGCGCUCGUCAAUCUGCUUCCGUUGGCCGUUCAAGCGUUCCAGUCGUUUACCGGACCGGAGAUGCAGCGCACGCAGGAGAAGCACAAGGAUCACUCGUGGGUGCUGCCACCGUUCCUCGAGAACAUCCACGUCAUGUGGGACCAGUUCACGCAGUCCGAGCUGGCCGAGGCGCUCUGGGCCAAGCUGGGCCUCAACGCGGUCUUCAAGGGCUUUGUGGGGCGCGACGGUAAGCUGGACUACGACAAGCUGUUCCAAUCGCUGCAAAACCAAUCGUUCCGCCGGCGCUGGAUCAAGGCGGCCACGAUCUACCUGGCCGAGUGGGUCAACUAUAUCGCCAACCCGGAAGUGUACCAGAGGUACAUUGGCACCGGACAGAUGAUGGCCAACGGAUUCCUACAGUCGCAGGGCUACCCGAAGCAAACGUUCAUCGAUAUUAACCGACCGAGUGAAACGAUCUCCAAUCUGAUCGAUCACGUCGCGAAACGCCACCUGGCGGUAAAGAUUUCCUCGGUGCAGUACGUGAAGCCAGCCGUCAACUAUGUGAAGGAUCUUCUGAAGCUCGGCAAGGCCAAACAGUUCCUACAGCAGUACAACGUCACCGAGAUGACCGACAAACUCACGGAUACGCUCAACCUGGAGGUCAUCGAACCCGUCCUGAAAGUGCACCGUGCGUACCGACAGGCGAUUGCCAACCCGCACUGCGAUAAGUACAUUCUGUGCGAGAUCAACUCGCACGAUCCGAACGAAAAGCUUGGUCUCGGUGGUUUCAAGCACGGAGUGACCCGGUUCGGCAGUAUGGCUGCGGCUUGGUUUAUCGCGCAGGAAACUCGCACCCCCUUCUGGACCCUGUUCGCCAACAUCAACGAUCCGCACCACUGCGACAUCAAGCAUCCGGUCGACUGUGCGGAGUAUCACGAGAGUGAGGAUCGCGUCACGACCGAAUAUCCGCACAGUGAGCUAUAA